UGCCACUGGAGGAUAUAGCAAAGCUAGUAUUGGAAAUGAUACUUUAACAGUUUCUGAUAAGUUUUCUGUUUUACUAACAGAAAAAGAUAGCAAUGGUAAGGAUAUAUCACUAUUCAUUCUUGGUACAAGAUGGCAGUAUCAAGCUGGCUGGAAACCUAUAGUAAAGG